UUCCGGGUCGGAGCCAUGGCGGUGGCAAAUUCAAGCCCUGUGAACCCGGUGGUGUUCUUUGAUGUCAGCAUUGGUGGCCAGCUCCAUGGAACCUGCACGGUCGUGGACUGUCAGGCAGCCUUGUCUCCCGUCACUUGCAGGAAGUUGGCCGCAUGAAGAUCGAGCUGUUUGCAGAUGUCGUGCCCAAGACGGCCGAGAACUUUAGGCAGUUCUGCACUGGAGAAUUCAGAAAAGAUGGUGUUCCAAUAGGAUACAAAGGGAGCACCUUCCACAGGGUCAUAAAAGAUUUCAUGAUUCAGGGUGGAGAUUUUGUUAAUGGAGAUGGUACUGGAGUUGCCAGUAUUUACCGGGGACCAUUUGCAGAUGAAAAUUUUAAACUUAGACACUCAGCUCCAGGCCUGCUUUCCAUGGCAAACAGUGGGCCCAGUACAAAUGGCUGUCAGUUCUUUAUCACCUGCUCCAAGUGUGAUUGGCUGGAUGGGAAGCAUGUAGUGUUUGGAAAAAUCAUUGAUGGACUUCUAGUGAUGAGAAAGAUUGAGAAUGUCCCCACAGGCCCCAACAAUAAGCCCAAGCUGCCUGUGGUGAUCUCACAGUGUGGGGAGAUGUAAUCCAGACCAAGACUGAAUUGGGUCUCUGUUGCUUUGGAUGGUGUUCUUGACCAGUUGGACCGUGUUUGCAUCUGCCUGCUGCUUCCCCAUCUGACCAAGGGAUCGUGGGAGUAUCGCAGACUCAGCAAGAUCAUGUUUAAAUUUUGAACUGUAAAUAAAGGCUGUUUUUGUA